AUGUUGACCGCGCCACCAGACGAGCCAGACGCGAUGCGUGAGCCUCAGUUCGGAGCAAGCUUUCCACGUUCGAACAUCCAUGACAGCCUGAGACAUGAGCAACAAGAUCAUCGCAGACAACGGUUUGAGAAUUUAGAUCUUCGUGACGAACGCUCAGACAGGGACGAAGAAGAGAGAGACGAAGACCAAGAUGAAGAGCAGGACGAGAACGGUUUAAGCAAAAGACGCACUCCGAGAAGACGCCAAUCAGGCGCGACGUGCUCGGACAGGGCCCGGUUGCGUCGCCAGGAGGCGAAUGCACGUGAGCGCAGUCGAAUGCACGGUCUGAACAGUGCGCUGGAGAGCUUGCGCAAGGUCGUGCCGUGCUACUCGAGUGCUCAGAAGCUGUCCAAGAUAGAAACUCUGCGCCUGGCCAAGAACUACAUCCGGGCCUUGUCGGAGACGCUCAGUGCUGGUACAAGGCCCGACCUUGUGGCGUUUGCACGAACCCUGUGCAAAGGUCUGUCUCAACCCACCACCAACUUGGUCGCGGGGUGCCUGCAGCUCAACGCGGGACGUUUCCUCGCCAGUCCCGGUGACGUCUCGCCUCCCUGUGAUGCCCCCUACGCGUAUGCAAGUGCAGAAACGAGUCGUGCAGACGCCUCCAAGCACUUCCGGCCUUUCUCCUACUGCAACAUGUAUGACUCCUAUUACAACAGCGCGUCUCCGGACAGCCAGCUCAGCCCGCCCAUCAACUACAACGGCGUGUUCUCGUUCCAGAAACCCGACGAGCAAACAGAGUGCGUCGCGAGCUGCCGGUACGGGGCGACAUGCUGCGGGGCCCCAGCGCGCGCUUCCAUCAGCCGGCCUUCCUCCUACACCGUGUCCCCUGACAGCCAGUUUCCAAACGAGGUGCGCAUGCGCAAUCAGCCCUUCCAAACCCAGGAACAAUUAAACGCAGUGUACCAUAAUUAA